AUGAGACCGCGAAGAGCUAACAGGAAAUUGAAGAAGCGGGAGCCGGAGUGGGUCGCGGAUGAAGAACAACCGGAUCUAGAACUGCUCGUGGAGCCUCUUCAAAACGAGAUGCCUCUUCAAAACGAGAUGCCUCCGAUGCCAGUGGUAGACACUUGCGGAAUCUGCAAAAGGCCGCGUCUCUGCGUGAAAAUCACAAACUCGGUCCAGAAGCAGCUCAUCAUGAACGCGUGCAUCAGCUUUGACAAGAUGAGCCGAAACGCGGCGGCACGGAUUUACGAGGGGAAAGGACUGCGUGUGUGCGCCGAUCACAUCCGCAGCGUCUUCCACUGGAUUCUCCCGGUCGUGCAAGUGACCAACGUGCCGGUGGAGAUUCCGGAAGUGCCGGAAUCCGAAUGGGACGAUCUGUGGGAGAUGUUUUGGGUGCCGAAAGGCGCGAAACGUCUCCGCCAUCUACCGUUCUGCGAAGCGAUCCCCAGGCAUUUGGUCGAGUUGUCGAAGGCGCUCCACUAUUCGUCCAUCACCACGCCGUGCUUCAUCUGCGGCUCGCAACUCGUUACACGACCGAUUUGCGAUGAAUGGCAAAAGUUGAUCAUUCUGGUCGCUUGCCACGAGGAGUGCGAGAUGUUGCAGCGGCACGUCGGCUCGAGUUUGUUCCGAAAAUACAAGCGCGAUCCGGCGGACGCGUUCGCCACGCGGGUCAUCCAUGUGUGUCCGGGACACGUGACGAAAGGACGGAAGAAGCUGUGCGACCUGUUCGGAUACCAAUUCCAGGAGGACGUGCUGAUAUCGGCGGAGACGUCGAAGAAGAUCGUCGACGAGUUCGAGCCGUUCCUCCGCCGCCUCUUCAUCUCGUUGUGCAGAGCGAACGUCAACGAAGUGAACGGAGGUUUGUUGGAGUCUGAAUUUCUGACUCACUUGGAAUAAUCCGGUUGGGCCCAUACUGUGCAGGCUUCUUGCACUUGAAUUGAAGUAUAUUGUGUCCAAGUUUCUGAUGGAUCCGAUCUUGCUGGUUUGAGGAAAAAGACAGAUUUUUGCCGAAAUCCGGUAUUUCUCAGACAAGCGUAAAUAUCUCCGGACCAGAUAAUCGGUCUGAAACCUGGACAAAAUAUGCUUCAAUCCACGUCCAAGAAGCCUCAAAGUUUGGAUCCGAUCGAGUUAUUGCAAGUGGGUCAUAACCUCAGGUCUGCGAAAAGAAUGGGCCUGACUUUAAUUCCUCUAGAAAACGUUUUUUUUUUUCAGAAAGCCCGCUAGGCGCUGUCCUCCACCGACAAGACCUCAAAUGCUCGCUCAACUGUGCUGGCGGUCUCCCGGCUCGCUAUGAAAUCACAGAUCUCACCAAAAAGCUCAUCCUGGUCCCGCCGCUCGUGGCCCACUGCCGUAAUUUGGUGGUCGAUCGCCCACUCUUCAACAACAUUACCCAUAUGCCGAUUCGGCUGUGCAAAGAACACUACAAUUCCGUCCGCCAUCUCAUCGAGGGACUCUUCGGAGAAGUGACGCUCGAGCGGGCCGUCGAAGCGUUCGAAUCGAGCGCUCCCUCCACUCUCAUCGAGCCGUUCAACGCCACGUGGAAGGUGGCGAAGCGGCUGUUCGGCCCGCAAUUCGUCGUCGCCUGCCAGACGUUUGUGAACAAAAUCGAAACGUGGUACAGUGUGGAAAUCGGUUGGAAACCAAAAAAAAGGCUCAAAACCUGAAAAAUUGUGAAUUGCAGACCACCCAGAGGAGAGCGUCGUGAGCGAUAUGGAGAUGGACCCCGACUUUGCUCCCGAAUAA